UAUGUUUUCUGUCUCAAUCAUGUGGACACAGCAGAGAAACUUUUAUCUGGCAAUAGUCUCUUAUCUCUUCAUCUCAUCUUCAGCUUCUGCAGAUUUUAACAUCAGUUUAGUUGAGCCAGCUCGGUGCUAUGGAAGAGUAGAAGUCUAUAACAGCACCAGCAGGGGAAAACUCUGUGAUGAUUCCUGGGUCUUAAAUGAUGCUAUAGUGGUCUGCAGAGAGUUGAAGUGUGGGAAGGCACUGGCAAUCUCUCAGUUGGUCAGCUUUAAUUCAUCAAAAGAAGAAAUGUGGCUUGCUGAUGUAAACUGUUCGGGGCGAGAAACGUCUCUAAUGCAGUGUCCUCAUGGAAGAUUUGGAGAAAAUGGCUGUGAACGCAAUAAGGGUGUGGUUGUUGUCUGUUCAGAGACCCUGCAGCAGCCCAACAUCUCCCUGGCAUCUCUUGAUGAAGUACAGGUCUGGGGUCCUAAUGCAGAUGCAGAGAUCACCAAGGGCCAUAGCUUUGUCUUAACCUGCUUCAUUAACUCAAGCAUCAAUCCAAGCCAUUUCAGUCUGAUCUUCUCCAACAUCCCACACAUCAAGCCAUCUGUCAACAACUCAGCUUCCUUUAGUUUCCCUGUAGCUGAGUAUAAACACCAGGGCAACUAUAGCUGUGUGUAUUACAUAACUCUGGAAUCAGAGAACUUAACUUCUACCGAGUCAGCACCGAUUCAUGUCGUCAUCAAAUUUCCUUGGCUGCUGCUGGUCUAUUUAGUAGUUCCUGCUGCGAUCCUGCUGCUACUGCUGGUCUUGAUGGUGGUGUGUCUGGUAAUCAGGAGACGACGAGCAAAACAACGUGAAGGCCAUGUCCAGAUGCAAAUUACUGCCACAAAUCGUUAUGAAGAUGAGGAGGAGGAGGAGGAGGAGGAAGAGGAGAGGGACUAUGUGAAUGUUCAACCAGUGGACAGAAACGACACACAAGAAGUGGAUGAAAACAAAACUGAUGAUCAUGAUUAUGAGAACAUGGAGAAUGAAGAUAAUUACAUAGGAUGCACACUGCUGUCUGUGAGUAUAGAGGACAGAGCAGAGGAAGAUACAGAUGAAACCAGUGAUGAUGAUAAUUAUGAGAACAUGAAGGAUGAAGAUAAUUACAUAGGAUGCACACUGCUGUCUGUGAGUAUAGAGGACAGAACAGAGGAAGAUACAGAUGAAACCAGUGAUGGUGAUAAUUAUGAGAACAUGAAGGAUGAAGAUAAUUACAAAAGAAGCACACCUCUGUCUGUGAGUAUAGAGGACAGAGCAGAGGAAGAUACAGAUGAAACCAGUGAUGAUGAUGAUAAUUAUGAGAACAUGAAGGAUGAAGAUAAUUACAAAGGAUGCACACCACUGUCUGUGAGUAUAGAGGACAGAACAGAGGAAGACACAGAUGAAACCAGUGAUGAUGAUAAUUAUGAGAACAUGAAGGAUGAAGAUAAUUACAAAGGAUGCACACCACUGUCUGUGAGUAUAGAGGACAGAGCAGAGGAAGACACAGACAAACCCAGUGAUGAUGAUGAUGAUGAUAAUGAAAACGACUAUGAAAAUGUAACGGAGGAAUAUGCUGAACAAACUGUAGACAUUUAUGGAGAGGAGCAGAAAUUUUAUCAAAUCUUUUAGGUUUCCAAUGAUUAGUAUCAACCUGGGGAGCCAACAUAUGAGAACUACACAAGAAGAAUACACACAUCAACACUUUGAAGUCCUUUGAUCUUCUCGGUGUGAACUUCUAUUUCAUAGUGUGACAUGAAUCUAAUAUCUAAUAAAAUCUAAUGCAGUGUUU